AUGCGCGGGGGCCUCCCCGGGGUGACGCUGCGCUCUUCGUUAGGGUACACCGUGGACGUGUACACGCACGGCGCGCACGUGACGUCGUGGAAGGACAAGGACGGGACGGACAUGCUCUUCUGCAGCUCCGAGGCGUGUCGCUCCGCCGUGUUCAAGCCGCCCAAGGCGAUACGAGGCGGAAUCCCGAUAUGCUUCCCCCAGUUCAGCGAUUUCGGGCCGCUCGGGCAGCACGGGUUCGCGCGCAACGCCACCUGGGAGGUGCGCGCGAUCGAUCGCGACGUCUCGCCCCGUCCUGCUGAGACGGAUAAGAUCAUCCUUCGGCUGUCGGACACCCCAGAGACGCUCGCGCUGUGGCCGCACAAGUUCACGGUCCUGUACGAGGUGUUCGCGGACGGCAAGUCGCUCCGAACGUCGAUGGCGGUGUCCAACGACGGCAUCGAGAUCGACCUCGAGAACGACGAGAACGACCCCGCGCUCCCCGGCGGCGGCGGGAUUCGACUGGGGGGACGACCCAUGACGUUCACGGCCGCGCUGCACACGUAUUUCAGCGUCACGGACAUAACGCGCGCGACCGUGACCGGGUUACGGAACGUGGAGUACUUGGACAGCUUGCGCCAGCGGCAGAAGUUCACGGAGACGACCGACGUCCUACACUUCCCGGAGGAAAUCGAUCGCAUCUACCUCAACACCCCGAACACGCUCAUCGUGGACGACGCCGUCGGCGCGAAGACGAUGAGCGUGAUGAAGUCCAAUCUGCCGGACGCCGUCGUGUGGAAUCCGUGGGUGGAUAAGAGCGCCGCGACUGGGGACUUGGGGGACGAGGAGUACACGCGGUUUCUGUGCGUCGAGGCCGCGGCGAUCGGGACGCCGGUGACGCUGCCACCGGGGGAGACCUGGGAUUGCUUUCAGAUCCUGGACGUGUGCAAGGACCCGACCCCGUGA